UCAAUCAUGGCUGACGACUCUCAGAGAAACUUCCGCUCGGUGUAUUAUGAAAAAGUAGGGUUUCGUGGAGUUGAAGAAAAGAAGUCGCUGGAAAUUCUGUUAAAAGAUGACCGAUUGGAUAUUGAGAAGCUUUGCACGUUUAGUCAAAGGUUUCCUCUCCCAUCCAUGUAUCGUAUACUGGUGUGGAAGGUGCUUUUAGGAAUUAUUCCUCCUCACCAUGAAUCUCAUGCUUUGGUGAUGAAGUACCGGAAGGAGCAGUACUGGGACAUACACCAUGCUCUUCGCGUAAUUCGUUUUAUUAAUGAUUCUACCCCACAGGUAGAUGUUUUCCUCCGCAUACAUCAACUGGAAUCAGGAAAGUUGCCUCGAAACUUGGCUUUUCCGUUGGAACCUGAAGACGAAGUGUUUCUUGCGAUCGCUAAAGCAAUGGAGGAAAUGGUGGAGGAUCCUAUAGAAUGCUAUUGGCUUGUCAGUUGCUUUGUGAAUCAGCUGAACAGCAAGCACAAAGAUUCAUUACAACAACUGCCAAAAAUUCUGGAGCAGUAUUUGAGCAUUGAAGAUAACAGACUCCUGAUGCAUCUGAAAGCAUGUGCUGCAAUGAGCAAACUGCCUUACGAUCUUUGGUUUAAAAAGUGUUUUGCAGGCUGUUUACCUGAGUCCAGUUUACAGAG